CGACUCCGCGGCCGGCCGCUGGGGCCCGUCGACAAGUAUCGCGUACGAAAGAAGUUUCCCCUGCCCAGAACUAUUUGGGACGGUGAACAAAAGACACAUUGUUUCAAAGAACGGACUCGAUCGUUGUUGAGAGAGUGGUAUCUGCAGGACCCUUACCCGAACCCCACUAAGAAGCGGGAGCUGGCGGCGGCGACGGGGCUGACGCCGACGCAGGUGGGCAACUGGUUCAAGAACCGGCGGCAGAGGGACCGCGCCGCCGCCGCCAAGAAUAGGUCGGCGGUGCUAGGCAGAGGGUUCGCUUCCUCCUCCACCUACGACGAGGACUCGGCCGACUCGGAGAUCAACGUCGACGAAGAGUGACCAGCAGACAGACUGAUAGUGUAAAUACAGUGAUAUUAAUUUAUGUCGCCGUCUGUUCGUGGACAUUCAGUGACGAUGCAAUAGACGAAUCUUGUGAUGUGAGCUGUAUAGUUACUUUAGGUUAAUUGUUAAAGUGUUGUGCUUGAGGGCCGCGUCAGGUACGUACUACUAUAGUAGCGAAUGUUAACACGACAGAAUUGCCGCUUUAGCGAGCGCCGGUUGGUCUACAAAUAUUUAUUUGAAUUCUUUAUUUACGAAACUGACCUUUCCGAACGCAUUUAUUUGUGUGUCUACCAAUAUUUCCUAAAGAAUUUAUUUAUCAUAUCAAAUUUUAGUUGUAAAUUAGUGUAAGUUGUAGAUAAUUAUGUUCACGGUACGUUAGAAUUAUCCGAAGGUACCUGAUCGUAUCUGCUUAUUCAGCCGAUUUGUCAAACGUAACAAUUGUUGUUUUAAGUAAUUUAUUUUAUCGGUAAAUAUUAGUUCUUUUAGUAGAGAAAUGCUGUGAUAUGGUGUUAGAUGUAAAUAUUGAAUAGAACUGAACUGAGAAACGAUAUAGAACUUGUGAAUAUAACGCUAGGCCUAUUUAUACAUAAGUUGAACUUGCGUAUGUUGUUGGGCUUAGAUUGAAUACUUUAUUAAAACUUAUUUACCAAA